GCAUAUCCCACCAGUCCAGAGCUCGCAAUCCCAAUCCCAAUCCCAAUCUCCCAGUCCCAAACCUCUUCUCUCCGGCGACCCGACGAGCGUCAGCGGCUAGCCAUGGACGUCUCGGCCACCGGAGCAGGCGCGAAGGCGAAGAAGGGAGCCGCAGGGCGCAAGGCCGGCGGCCCGAGGAAGAAGUCUGUGUCGAGGUCCGUCAAGGCCGGCCUCCAGUUCCCCGUCGGCCGCGUCGGGCGGUACCUCAAGAAGGGCCGCUACGCACAGCGCGUCGGCACGGGCGCCCCCGUGUACCUCGCGGCCGUCCUCGAGUACCUUGCCGCCGAGCUGUUGGAGCUCGCCGGCAACGCCGCCAAGGACAACAAGAAGAGCCGCAUCAUCCCGAGGCACCUGCUGCUCGCAGUCAGGAACGACGAGGAGCUCGGGAAGCUGCUGGCCGGCGUCACCAUCGCGCACGGCGGCGUCGUGCCCAAGAUCAACCCGGUGCUGCUCCCCAAGCGGACGGCGGAGAAGGCGCCCAAGGAGGGCAAGUCGCCCAAGAAGGCCGCCAAGUCCCCCAAGAAGGCUUAGGGAGGCGCGCCGAUUUGUGUUAGUAUGUUGUAAUAAGCUGUUCGCCUAGCGGCGUCGAUGUAGUAUUUGCUGUUAAUGGAAAAAUCGUUAGAAAUC